AUGCGAGCGGCGUGCGGGGGAGUGGGAGCGACGCGCGCGUUCGCGUCGAGGCGGUACGAACCGACGGCGGACGCGGACGACGAAGAGACGGCGGCGAGCGUGCGGGACGCGUGCGAGAUCGUGCGCUUGCCGGGGUACUUGUUGUUUGAGCCAGAGAAGAUUCAGAUCGAUCUGAGGAGGGAAAAGUACUUUUUCGGCACGCUCAUGCCGUUCGUGCACGCCGCGGAGAAGCUCGGAGGGAAAGUGGGGGCGCCGCGCGCGGCGCCGGCGAGCGCGCGAGUGGUGGAUUUAGGCCCCGAGCACGGAUUCGCGGCGUCGUUAGAAGAAUUAGGGAUAGUAUCAGACGUAGAUAAACGCUUGGACUGGGCGGCUGGGAUUCGCGCGGAGUGGACGAUGUCGGAGUCGGGCGCCGCCUCUACUUGGGAGCACUUCGCUUCGGUGGGGUUGGAGAAGUUUGAGGACGAUCACGGAAGAGCGGAUAUCGUCGCUCCGGCCGCGGUGAGCACGCUUUCACCGUAUUUACGCCAUGGUCAGAUAUCGCCGCGGCAGAUUUACCACGAAUUGGCGACGAAAAAGAUGGGCAGCGACGGGGUGGAGGGCAAAAAGCUCUCUCGCGUGUUUUGGCACCGUCUCUAUCGCCGAGAGUUUGCGUACUGGCAACUGCACAACUGGCCCGAGUUACCGUCCAAGUCCGUGCGUGGGCACUACGAGAAUCGCAAGGCUUGGUUGGAGGGCGACGAAGCCGCCGUUGCGCUUCAUCGAUGGCAAACUGGAACGACGGGCUUCCCCACCGUGGACGCGGGCAUGCGCCGGCUUUGGGCCACCGGAUGGAUGCAUCAGAGUGAACGCAUGAUUGCGGCCACGUUUCUCGUCGAUUACUGCGGCGUUCAUUGGACGCACGGCGCAGAUUGGUUCCUCGACACUCUCGUGGACGCGGACUUGGCGAUCAAUUCCAUGAUGUGGCAAAACGCGGGAAAGAGCGGACUCGAUCAGUGGGACGUCUUCGCGGGUUCGUUGACCCCAGAUGGAUCCUCUCGAGCGCACGACCCCGAAGGCGAGAGCAUCGCUCGAUGGAUUCCAGAGCUCGCGGCGCUGCCGAAAGGGCACCUGCGACACCGCCCGUGGGAAGCGUCGGCGAAGCAGCUCGACGCCGCGGGCGUCGAGUUGGGAUCGACGUACCCGACGCGCAUGAUUACAGAUCUCGAAGGCGCGCGACGCCGCAUGCUGGACGACGUGAACGCGCUUCGCGUCGACGAAAUUAACAAAGCCGCGACGAGGGCGAACGCGGCGUCCGCGGCCGACGUCGACGCGCGUUCUUCCGACGUCUUCGUCGACGUUCGUUCGGCGAACGACUUCGUCGUCGCGCCGCCCGGCGCGACUAAAGAUCACGCCGGCGCCCUCGUUCCGGUGUCGACGCGAAAGGAGUUCAAAACCGAACUCAAAUCCACCAAAGGCGCGCAGGCCGCGAUGCAAAGCGCCUACGCCUGGGCCGACCGCGCCCUCGCCGUCGCCGAAACCGCCGCCUCCGCCGACGCCGCCAAAGCCAAGGCCCAAAAACGCGCCCAGCGCGCCCACGGCCACUCCCACGCCGCGUCCACCGACGCGUCUCGCUCCCUCCGCCGCGAGGCUCGCGAGAUCAACGCCGCGCACGCCGGCCGACGCCCCGCCGCCGACGACGACGACGACGACGACGCGUAGCGCGCGCCGUCCGACCGACCGCGUCCGACCGACCGUCCGACCGAUCGCGCUCCUCUAUAUAGUAAAACUUCGACGCAUUAUAUA